UUUUGUUUCUGAUACAAUCCACUAAUCAAAAACCAACAUGAGAACUCGAUUCCCACCUGCAUUAAUCCCCCAAUUUCUUGCUCAAUCUCACUCAACAAAAAAAACAAUUUUUCCAUUUUCUUCAAUCUCUGAGAACACCAAUCCAUUGUCAGAACAACACUCAAAAAUCCAAUCUUUUUCCCAAAAUCUAAAAACCCAAAAACCCAUUUCACAAGAUCCAAUUUUGAGCCAAACCCAUGUCACAGAAAGGUUAAUUUCUCUCAAAAAUGAUCCCUUUUUAGCUUUUGAGCAUUUUAAAUGGGCUUCUAGAAAAGGGAUUUUGUCAGAAAAUAGUAUUAUUAGUGAUCCAGUUAUUAUUCUUGUUCAUAUUUUAAUGUGUUCAGAUAAUAAGAAAGAUUGUGGAACUGCUAAAAAGUUGAUUAGUGAAUGUGUUUCGCAGUGUUCAGAUUUUCGGUCAGGUGAGCUUGUUUCGAUAUUUGUUAGUACUGCAAAAAGGUUUGGUUUUGAUGACAGUGUAAGUUGUAGGGUUGUGAAUUAUUUGCUUUGUAAUUUGGUUCGAUCGUCUCGAUUCGAUGAUGCUAUUGUUUGUUUUAGGAAGAUGGUUGGAUACAAUAUUGUGCCUUGUGUUGCGUAUGUUCAUGUGCUUUUAAAUGCAUUAGUUAGGAAUAAUAUGGUUAGGGAAGCUAGAGUCGUGUUUGAUGAUAUAGUUAGAUUGGGAAUUUUGUAUGAUUGUGCAACGAUACGUGUUAUGAUGCGUGGGUGUUUGAAAGAAAAGAAAGUUGAUGAGGCUGAAAAGUACUUUUUGGAUGCUAAGGGAAAUGGGAUUAAUCUUGAUGCGAUAACUUUUAGUACCGCUAUUUAUGUAGUUUGUAAGAAGCCGGAUGCAGUUUCUGCUAUUGUGUUGUUGAAUGAGAUGAAAGAAAAAGGAUGGAUUCCUUCGGAAGGAACUUAUACGAACGUUAUUGGUGCUUGUGUGAAGCAUGGAUCUAUGAUGGAUGCAAUAAGGUUAAAAGACGAAAUGGUUAAUAGUGGGAAAUCUAUGAAUUUGGUGGUUGCCACAAGUUUAAUGAAGGGAUAUUGUAUUAAUGGAGAUCUUCAAAGUGCUCUAAAUUUAUUUGAAAAGAUUGUUGAAGAUGGUCUUUGUCCAAAUAAGAUCACAUACUCGGUGUUGAUUGACGGGUGCUUCAAAAAUGGGGAUACGAACAAGGGUUUUGAAUUAUACACUCGAAUGAAACAUGAAGGUAUCAAACCUAGUGCUUAUAAUGUUAAUUCUUUAAUAAUUGGGUUUUUCAAGUCUGGUUUGAUAGAUGAAGCACAAAAGCUAUUUAAUGAAGCGGUUGAAAUUGGUGUUGCUAACGUAUUUACGUACAAUGAUAUCAUUUCAUGGCUUGUUAAGGUGGAUAAAGUGAAUGAGGCUUGUGACCUUUUUGAUAAUAUGGUCAAAGAUGGAGUUUCUCCUACUAUUGUUACAUAUAAUAACAUCAUACUCGGCCACUGUAAAAGCGGAAAUAUGGACGUGGCAUUAAAUUUGUUUAACAGGUUGCAAGAACAGGGUCUAAAAGCUAAUGUGGUUACUUAUAGCAUUUUGAUCGAUGGGUAUUUUAGGAAAGGUAAAAGUGAGCAAGCUUUAGCUAUCUUUGAUCAAAUGGUUGACUUAGGCUUGCUUCCAUCUGACUACACGUUUAAUAUAGUCAUCAAUGGUUUGUGCAAAGUUGGCCAAACAUCCGAGGCUAGUUAUAUGUUGAAGAAAGUGGUAGAUAAUGGUUUUAUCCCAAUGUGUAUGACGUAUAACAGUAUUAUAGACGGGUUUGUCAAGGAGGGCACCAUCAAUUCCGCAAAGGCAGUAUAUAAUGAGAUGCUUGAAGCCGGUAUUUCCCCUAAUGUUGUCACAUACACCUCUUUAAUUCAUGGGUUCAGUAAAUGCAAGAACAUGGAUCUUGCUUUGGAAAUGAGGAAUGAGAUGAGAAGCAAAGGUCUUGAAUUGGAUGUUGUGUCAUAUGGUGCUUUAAUCAAUGGAUUUUGCAAAAGUAGGGACAUGGGAACUGCACGUGAAAUCUUUAACGAGCUUUAUCAAGUUGGAUUAUCACCAAAUACGGCGGUUUAUAAUAGUAUGAUAAGUGGGUUUCGGGAUCUUGCUAACAUAGAAGAAGCUGUUGACUUUCAUAAGAAACUGAUCAACGAGGGGAUUACAUGUGAUUUGCCAAUUUACACUACUUUGAUUGACGGGUUGCUUAAAGCUGGAAAAAUAGUUGCUGCUACUGAUUUGUAUACAGAGAUGCUAGCAAAGAAUAUUGUGCCCGAUGAGAUCAUGUAUUCAGUUUUGGUCAAUGGCCUUUGUAAUAGAGGUCAACUUGAAAAUGCACGUAAAAUAUUGAAGGAUAUGGAUACGAAGAAUAUGGUUCCUAAUGUAGUUAUUUAUAACUCAUUGAUAGGCGGGUACUUCAGGGAGGGGAAUUUGCAAGAGGCUUUUAAAUUGCAUGAUGAGAUGCUAGAUAGGGGUCUUGUACCUGAUGAUAAAACAUAUGAUAUACUUGUUACGGGUAAAGUAAAAAAAACCGACUUGAAGAUGGAAGGUUCGUGUUAAAUGCAAGUUGUUUGAUCACUUUGACUUUAGCUGGCACUCGAUUAGGUGGAUCCGUUGGAUCUUUCAUUCUUAUAUCGAGGCACAAAGGCGACAUGUAUCAUCGACAUAUAUGUUUUUUGCUGCACUUCUGCAGCAUUGGAGGACUUUGAGAUUUUAACGUCCCCGAGAAUGAAUUUCGUGACUCGUUGGGUACGUUGGAUUAUCAUUCAGUGUGCACUCAAAUUUGAUUCUUUACAACCAUAUGCAAGGUUUGUGGGAAUUUUACAAGAAACAAGUUAAACCAUUUCUCUAACUUUGAAAUGAGCUUAAGUUGGGCCGAGCAUGCUAUAGCAACAUGUACGUCACGCAUUAAAGAUGUAUCUUCCAAAGAUUUCGGUCCGAGUUAGACUCAAUUAUGGACAAAAUCGAACUUUUCUUGUCCAUUGAAUCUAACGCUUAAAUUGCAGACGGAGGAAUAUUAGUGUCAUUUUCUAAGUCCGUACGUAACAAUAACUAAUCAAUCAGCUACAUCUGAAAUAGUCAUUGUUCUAUAAAUUAGUAGUAACCACGAUAUAAGAUUUGUUGCAUGCUUGAAUGAAUACCAAACCAAAAACCAAAUAUUGACAUAUGAUGAAAGUCCGUUGGCUAUACUAACUUGUGACUUAUCAUCUCAUUUUGAUUCUGAUCAUUCUAUAUGAUAUUAUUUUUUAAUUUAUG